AUGAGUGCAUUAUCUGAGAUUAAAGUUCAUGAUGUUUCUGAAACAAUGUCUGUGAUCGAAAUUCCGAAUUCUGCAAUAAGGAUUAAAACGCUGAUUCCUGGAGCGCAUAUUAGAAUGAUUGAUUUUCCCACAAAUCACUUUUUUAAAUGUUUGCUAAAUGGAUUUUUUGUUCCAGAGCAGCAUCCAUAUACUCUCGCAACAAUUGAAUCUGAUAGUGUACAAAAACUAGUCGUUAAAAGAGGUGAUUUUAAGCUUGAGAGCAAAGCCAGGUACUUAAUAACUGGUUCCUAUCUUCCACACUUGGAUUUUCUAGCUUCAACAGCAGAUGGAGGUGGGAGCAUUAAUUCAUUAGCUGUGUGUGCAGGGAUGAAAAAAUGUCUUAUUGUGGUGGGUGGUUCGGCAAUUAGUUUUGCAUUACCUAUUCUUAGAGUUCUUGGUUACAAUGGAGUUAUUGUUAAGAUCAUCUGGGUUCUUCGUAAUCAUGAAGAUUUGAAGGUUUUGAACUAUUUCAAGAAUAUAUUAGUUAAUAAUGAUAGUAUUGAUAUUUUUAUCACUGGAAAUUAUACACACUAUGAAAAGAGGCAGUUUAGAGAAAUUGUCUACGAUUUGCAUAGAAAAAGGGAAAAGGUAGAGGCCAAUAGAGAAAGACAAUAUCUUUCACCCAGUUUAUUGAAAGAAAAUAAGACCAAUCCUAAGAAAUUAUCUCCAUUGGAUAUAUCUGAAAUAGAAAAUGCGGAUAUUGUGAGGAAUUAUGGUGCUUGCAAAGUUCGAAGCCUACCAGAAAAUGCUUUUAAUGGUUUGGAAUCUGAACGUGAUCCUAAAAAAUUUUUGGGAGGGCGUAUACAUAGAAGAGGGAGUAUAAUAUCUCUUAAAGAACACACGCGAUCAGAUGAAUCAGCGGAGCAUGAUGAAAGUGCAUUUGAAAAUGUCGAUUUGGAGUUUAAUGGAAUUCCCCUGGAUACUCAGAAAAAGCAAAAUUAUUGUCAGUCAGAUCAUCAAUAUCAUCCAGACCACAUAAACCAAAAUCCGGAUAGUUUUAGUAAAGAGCCAAAUUGUUUGCCUCGGUUGGAUAAUUCAACCGAACUUAUUGGAACUUGUGAUUCAAAUAAUGAUAUUACGAAUGAUUCUAAUGACACAUCAAGAAAAGGUUCUUUAGGUUCAGAAGUAUAUGAUGAUUUGAGUAACUAUUGGAUUCUUAAAGGUCUUUCUUGCCGGAUAGAAUUUGGAAGACCAAUUUUAGGACUAUACUACUAUAAUUGGUGCUUGAGUUCAUCAUGUAUUGGGCCGAUGGUCGAUGUUUCAUCUGGAGAACUUUUAUGUUAUGAUCAAUUAAAUUCUGCUGCUGCGGAAGAAGCUGAAAACAAUUUCUACAAAAGUGCUCUGUUUCUAAAGCACAAAAGGGCUAGAUUUUGUGAUUGUGGUGGGAAGCCAGACGAUAAAAUCUGGGUUAUAUCUGCUGGUCCUAAGGGGUUGGUCAAUAAGGUCCAUUUAUGGGCUGAUGAAUGUGGAUUCCGAUUUCACGAGGAAAGUUUUAGUAUUUAA